UGCAACCCAUCGGAGAUCUAUCUCUGCAUCGCCGCCGGCGCCGUUGCUCUUGUCGCCGCCGUCCCCGUCGCCGGCUGCGCCAUGCUCCGCCUCCGCGAGUGCGUCGUUUCCCGUCUACUCUCUUCACCCUCCACCUCCAGCUCUGCCAUCUUCCCACUCCGCCACCUCCUCUCCGCAGCCGCAGCCCCCAUUUCCCCCGGAUUCGCCGUGGAGGAGUACCUCGUCGCCACCUGCGGCCUCACCCGACCCCAAGCCCUCAAGGCCUUCAAGAAGCUCUCCCACCUCAAGUCCCCCGCCAAACCUAACGCCGUCCUCGCCUUCUUCUCCGGCCUCGGCCUCUCCGGCGCCGAUGCCGCCGCCGUCGUCACCAAAGAUCCGCUGUUCCUCCGCACCAAGGUGGACAAAACCUUGGCCCCUAAGGUCGUCGGGCUCACUGGCCUAGGUCUCUCGAGUCCUGACAUCGCCUGCCUCGUCUCCCUCACCCCCGACUGCUUCCGCUCCAGAAACAUCGUCUCCAAGCUGCACUACUACCUGCCCCUCUUCGGCUCCUUCCACAACUUCCUCCGGCUGCUCAAGCGCUCACCCCGCCUUCUGUCAUGGGACCUCAACAAGGUGGUCAAGCCCAAUGUUGUGUUCCUGAGGGAGUGCGGGCUAGGUGAUUGUGAUAUUGCCAAACUGUGUAUCCAUGCGCCGAGGAUGCUCAGCACCAACCCGGAGCGCGUCCGGGUGAUGGUGGCAUGCGUGGAAGGUAUAGGCGUGCCCCGUGGCUCUGGGAUGUUCAGACAAGCGCUAUGCGCUGUCACAUUCCAAAGCGAGGAGAAGAUUGCCGCCAAAAUGGAGUACUUGAAGACCACGUUCAGGUGGUCUGAUGCCGAAGUGAGCAUGGCUGUGCGCAAGUAUCCGGGUGUGCUGAGGAAGUCAAAGGAAUCUCUGAAGCACAGGUCCGAGUUCUUCUUCUCUGAGGUGGGGCUGGAACCAGCGUACAUUGCUUAUCGUCCUGCGUUGCUCUCUUAUAGCAUGGAGGGCCGAAACAGACCCAGGUACUAUGUUAUCAAGUUCCUUAAGGCAAAUGGAUUGUUAGAUCAGUACCGGGACUACUAUAGCAUAGUCAUGCUGAGUGAGAAGGUAUUUGUGGAGAAGUUCAUAUGCCCUCACAAGGAAGCUGCACCGCACCUCGCUGAAGACUAUGCAACAACUUGCAAAGGGGAGGUGCCAACUAAUUUCAGAUUUACUUGAACCAAAAGUGGGCUAAGGAAAUUGGUAACGGCGUAUGGCGCAAGAAAUUUUUCACUCUGUGUAGUAAGCUGGUUGUUCCUGUUUUGGUGUAGUCUUGCUGAAUACUAAAAGAGUUUGGUGCAGACCUGUCCAUCUCUUUGGUUGCUAUGAGGUUAUGUUGUGCCACAACUGUCUAUGUUUACAUAGCUUCUAACUUCCAGCUACAAAGAUUGAAGUGCCCACAGUUGCAAAAGAAAAGACUCCACAUCCGGUACUCAGCUUAUUUCUUACAGUUAGUUCUGCUUUAGUUACAUUCCAUUGCAGUUAAUAACUUAAUAUUGUAUCUUCAGUUCAUUCUAUUUUAAGUUAUAUUUUUUCAAGACUAAAACUAUGAAUUUCGACCAUCAUGUGUUAUAUGAAAUUAAAAUGGAAAAUUAUGAAAGAAUGUUGCAAGGGAAAUUUAAUGAGUGAUUGCAUGCUCCAUCAGUAGGAGCAGCG